AUGGCCUCCACUCUUCGUCAGAAUCCAUGGCGGGCCUACCAAAGCCUCAAUUGGCAACAACUCCGCACAACACGCCUCUCCUCCCGGAAUUUCUCUACCACCUCCCUCCGCUCCAAUGCAACCAAUAACCCCCUCCGCUCUCGAGCUUCCGCAGCGGCGGAUCUCCAGCAGGCCUCCCAAGCUCAGCGGAAGAUGAUUCUCUCCGCAGCUGGCAUGAUCACCUGCGCAGUCGGUCUCUAUGGCGUCAUCAAGCUAGACUUAUUCGGACUUAACGAACUAGAAGCCAAAAAAGAUGACAAGACCGCAGCCACCUCCCCACCCCCGAGGAACGGCGCAAUGCGCAUGGAUGGACCAGUCGGUUUCCCCAGCGGCGGUCCAUCAUUAAUAACAAUCCAAGGCCAAGACAGACUCGAGCAAGUGCCAACAGGAACAAGCACAAUCCCCACCUUCCCAAGCACAAUCCGACUCCCCUCAUCUGAGGCAACAAAAGGCAAACAAACAGGCGACGAUAUAGCCUCAUCCACAGGUGAAGAUUACCAACUUCUAGGCCUUGGCAUCCGCACCGUCUCCUUCCUCUCAGUUCAAGUUUACGUGGUCGGCCUGUACGUCGCGAAAUCCGACAUAACCGAGCUACAACGGCGCCUGCUACGCACAGCAGUCCACCCGCCCAAUACCGAUGCCCACUCUGCUAUUUCUGGCGCCGGCGCAGACGCCGCUACUUCCCUCGUCUCGCCGGAGCGCCAACAGCUCAAGGAUCUUCUCCUUGACCCGGAGCACGGCGACGCCGCCUGGUCUGCUAUCCUCAAGGAUAACGGCAUCCGCACUGCAUUCCGCAUUGUGCCCACCCGUAACACGGACUUUAUGCAUCUGCGCGACGGCUGGGUGCGUGGUAUCACUGCGCGCGCGCAGGCGAGGAAGACUGCGGAGCCGAGCGAAUUCCAGGAUGAGAGCUUUGGAAGCGCGAUGAAUGAUUUCAAGGCUGUUUUCGGUGCGGGCAAGGGGAAGGCGGUGCCGAAGGGACAGACGCUUGUUUUGAUGCGUGAUGCGCACGGCGCUUUGGAUGCGCUUUUCCAGCCUGGAGCUAAUGAGCCUGUUAAGUGGAUGGGUCGUGUCGCUGAUGAGCGGAUUAGUCGACUUGUUUGGUUGAAUUAUCUGGCUGGCAAAACUGUUUCAAGCGAGGGGGCCCGGACGAGUAUUGUCGAAGGAUUGAUGUCCAUUGUUGAGAGGCCCCUUGGCACUGUUGUGCAGAAGGUUAUCUGA